AUGAUAAUAAAAGAAAUAUUCUCAAUCAAAUGUUCUUAUUUUAAUAUAAAUCUAACAAAGAAACAUCAUUUUAUUUUCUUUGUAGAAGGUGAACGACCAACUGAACAAGAAGAAGAAGAAAAACAAGAAGAAGAUGAUUGGAAACCAUAUAUACCUGAAAUACCUAGUGCUGCUUUAUUUGCAGUUUAUACAUCUGCAGAUACAUUUUGGCUUUCUAUGGAUGAGUAUGAUGCUGGAUAUUUAUAUCAUUGCCAAUUUUCAAAUAAAGAUGAUCGUUUUCAAUAUAAUCCAGAACGACAAGAUACUAUAGUAAAUACUUUACCUGUACCAAAUACAGAUUUAGCACAUGGUGAUGAUAUUCCAUUAACAUGUGUUCUUAUUAGAGAAAAAUUAAAUUCAAUUUUUGUUGGUUUAAAAAAUGGUUUUAUACGUAUUUAUCCAUAUGCUGGUACACAAAUAUUUCAAUCACUUGAUGAUUAUUGGACAAAAGGAUCACAUGAUACUGAAUAUGGAAUGGUAACUCAUUUAAUUACAUCAUUUGAUGAUCGUUUUGCAUUAUCUGGUGGUGCUGAUGGAAAUAUAUUUGGUUAUGUUGUUAAAGGAGAUUUAAGUAUUUUUCAAGAACAAUUUGAAAUACCUAAAAUGCCAGCACAUACAGGUGAAAUUGAACCACAAGAUAUAACUGAACCAAAUCAUUAUUCAAUUGAAGAAGAAAAACAAAAAGCUGAACAAGAUAAAAUGAAAAAAUCAGCUGAAGGACUGAAAAGUGAAAUGCGACAAAGAGUAGAAGGCUUAAAAGGAAAAUUUCGAAGAUUAUUAAUAGAAAAUGAUCAAUUACCUGCAGAUUUAAGAAUAGCUCGUCAAGAUUUUAUUCUUGAUGAAAAUAUUCGACAAAAUUUUCUUGCUGAACUUCAAGAUAAAAUUGAUCUAUCUGCUAAAGAAUUAGCAUGGGAAUCUGAACGUUGUAAUAUUGCAUUAAGAAAAUUAGAACAAUGGUUUGUUGAUCCUGUUGCUCAAGAUGUUGUUUCAGUUAAAAGUUUUGAUGGUCAAUGGGAAGUUAGUACAUUUCGGACAAUUGAAUUACCAAAUGAUUUUUAUUCAUUGCAAGAAGAACUUGAACGACAAAAAACUGCUUUACUUGAUAAAGGAAAAAGAAAAGAGACUGCUGAAGCUUCUGAUGAAAAAGCUGGUGAAAGUCGAGAAACACGUACGACUGAUUCGAAAUCUUCAACAACAAAAUUGAAAGGUGCUAAAGCAAUGCGUGUUGAACGUUUACUCCGUAAAAUGGAAGAACGUGCUAAACGACGGCAAAAACGAAAAGAAGAGUGGACAACACUUUAUCAAAAGAAAAAACCCGAGGGAUAUGAGGAUCCAGUUGAAGUUGAAAAUAUUCGUUAUGCAAAGGAUAAUAUGGGAAAUUAUUUUUUGAAAACAGCAUCAGAUUAUGUUGUACCAGUUGAACAACGGCUUACUGUUCUUCGAGCACUUGAUAGAAUCAUGAAAUUGAGACUUGCGACAUAUACUUAUAAAAUGAAAUUUAACAAACGUGUUUUGGAUCUUAUUCAACGUAAACGUACUUUAACCGAACAAAUUAAUAGUGAAAUUGAACGAUUACGAAAUCUUGGUCAAAAUCAACUGAAUUAUCAAGACUUAUUUAAUAUUCCUCUAUUACCAUCUGUUCAAGAUGGACAAGAAAAUCGUUUUCAGUUUACUCGUGAAGAAAUUCAAGCAUUUCGUGAAGAACAUGAACAACGUAAUGGUGAUUUAACAAAACCUGAUGAAGAUUCAUCAAAAAUAAACACUCGUCAAUCGUCAAUAAAACGUCCAAUCGAUCUUCGUUGGUCUGUGAAUUUAAAAGAACCAUUACAAUCGAAUAUUCUCAAUAAAAAUCUUUCUAAUGAAACAACAAAUGAUAAUACACCGAUUAAUAUCUUACGAGAAGUAAAGAAUCCUGAAAAUUCAAAUUCUGAUACAUUCACUUAUCGAUUAUUUUUUGAACGUGAUCGAAUACUUGAAAAUGUUCAAGAAAUAAUGCGUACAUUUGAUAAUGAUGUUUGUCUAUUAUAUUAUCUUAAAAUAAUAAAAACAUUACGAGCUAAAGAAACUGAUCUUCGAUGUGUAACAUUCUAUGAAGAAUUAAUGUUAAUGAAAGAAUUUGAACGAACAGAAAAUGAAUUAGAAAAUAAAGUUGUUGACGCACAAAAACGAUUUGAUAAUGAACAAACAAAAAUAAGUGAAUUUAAUGGAAAAAUCGAUGCGAAAAAAAAAGAUAUUGAAGGUUUAGAUGAACGAAUGAAACAUAUAUAUGCACGUUUUGAUGAAAUGAUACCAAAAGAACAUAAAUUUUAUAAUUAUCUUUUACGAGUUUUAAACAAAAAAAUUAAACGAAAAAAACGUGUUGAAGGAGAAGAAGCAGAAGAUGCUGAUGAUAUGUCCCAAGAUUUCGAUGAAGAAGAAGAUUGGGAACUUGAAGAUGAUGAAGAUGAAGAUCAAAUAGCUAAUGAAGAUGCAACACGACAACUUGAUGUGGAUAUUUGUCCACCAAAUCUUGAUCAAAAAGUAUAUGAUGAUGUUGUUGCUUUACGUGAAAAACGACUUGAUCUUGAUGAAGCAAUAACAGAUGAAAAAGCUGUUUUACAAUCCUUACAACAAACACUUGGACAAACACAAAUUUAUUCGAAUAAAAUUGAUGCUGAAUUAAAAGCAAAACAUGCUGAUUUAAUUGAUUUUCAAAAAAAGAAACAACGAAAAAUUAAUGAUAUUAAUGUCGCUAUUGGUAUUCGUUCUCAUCAAAUUCGUUAUGAUCGUUCAUCUAAUUUGCCAGAUGAUUUAUCAGAUGCAUUAAUCUUUAAUAGAAUUAAUAAAUUAGGUUUAACAAAUCGUAUUGUUGAUGUUAAAACAGAAAUUAAACGAGAAAAAGAACGAUACGUAAAUAAAAAACAAGAACGAAAAGAUUUAUCACAUGAAUUAAAACAUGCUGCUCAAGUUAUAAAACUUUUAACUGAUGAAUGUAAUAAAUUAAUGGUAGAAAAAUUUGGUAAAUUAGUUCAAUUAGAAAGAUUAGAAGGAGCAAUUGUUAAUUUACAAAUCGAAGAACUUAAACAAAGACUUGAUGAUGCUGGAGAUGAAUAUUAUAAUACAAUGACACAAUAUGAGCUUCGUAAAAUUGAAGAACAUGAUGAUACAAUUGAUUUAUUAAAAACAAAUACAAAACGUCUUGAUGAAUUAACUGAUCUUGUUGAUGAAAAACGUCAUCUUGAUGAACAACUUGUCUCACGCAAAACAAAAGCUGCUGAUGAAUUUACAGGUCCAUCAAAACAGAGUAUUGAAGAAUUUGAUCGUUUAUGUACUCUUGUUCAAUUACAAGCACAAGAAAUUGAAGCCUUAAAAGCUGAAAUAAGUAUUUUAUCACGUAAAGGUGGACAUAUUCUACCACCAAAUCCAGCUAUACUUCCACAAAAUUCUUAA